AUGGCUUCUGUCAAGUCAAAUCUUCAAGCACGAUCGUGGGAGAAAGGCCAGUUUCUCAUAUCUACAGAUCCAAAGCUGUUCCCUAUAAAGCAGCUUAUACAGGUGUUCGAGUCCAGUGACUUUUACUGGGCGAAAUCACUGUCACCGCGGGUCAUGCAGGAGACACUUGACAACUCGCUUUCCUUUGGCCUUUACAAGCGACCUCAGCCUACAUCCCCCGCCGAGCCAACCGAGUCAACACCAGGGUGGGAGUUCCUCGGCAUAGCUCGCUGCGUUACCGACUUUGUCACGUUCGUGUAUCUUACGGAUGUAUGGGUUGAACCAACACAACAGGGAAAGGGGUUGGGAACCUGGAUAGUGCAGUGUGUGCAGGAGGUUCUUGUGGAAAUGCCGGACUUGAGGCGCAGCAUGUUGUUUACGGCGGAUUGGAAAAGAUCUGUUCCAUUCUAUCAGAAACUUAUGGGCAUGGAACUGAUCGAAUCAAAGCGAGGUGAAGGGCUCGCGGUCAUGGAAAGCAAGGGUAGAAGUCACCCAAACUACGGUCGUGAAGGGACUGGUUAUUAA